AUGACCAAGAAAAGAAGAAAUGGCGGCCGUAACAAGAAGGGCCGUGGCCACGUCGGUUUCGUUCGUUGCUCGAACUGCUCUCGUUGCGUCGCAAAAGAUAAGGCUAUCAAGCGUUUCACGGUGAGGAACAUGGUCGAGAGCGCGGCCGUUCGAGAUAUCAGCGAAGCUAGUGUCUACCCAGAAUACGUGAUUCCAAAACUCUAUAUCAAAAUCGCAUAUUGUGUAUCCUGCGCUAUUCACUCGCAUGUUGUACGUGUACGAUCACGCGAGGGCCGCCGUAACCGUGCCCCUCCCCCACGCAUUCGGUGGAAAGAUGGCAAGAAGGUGAACCCUGCGGUCGCUGCCGCAGAGGAUGCCAAGGCAGCUGCCGCAGGAAAGGCAUAA